AUGUUAAACAAAGUUAAGCUAAGUUGGAAGACUGUUGUAAAUUUGGCCCUAGGCGACCUGUAUCGUCUCAAGUGUGAGACUAGGGCAGGUGGCCGAUGGGCUGAACUGGUCGGACCGGCAAGGAGGCAAGCCAGGGAGGCCACCUUUAAUAGAUGGGCCCAUGAUCUGGCUAUGCCUAGGGCGGGAGUACGCACCGUGGAGGCGAUUCGCCCAUGCCUACGGGAAUGGGUGAAUCGCCCGAGUGGAGCCGUGUCCUUUCGGAUGGCGCAGAUACUGUCUGGGCAUGGGUGCUUUGAGCGGUAUCUGCACAGGGUGGCGAGGCGGGAAACCCUUCCCAUCUGCCACCAUUGUGGUGCCCCAGAGGACACGGCGGAGCACACCCUGGCCGAUUGUGCCACUUGGUCGAGGCAACGCCAUGACCUAGUGUCGGUCGUCGGGACGGACCUCUCGCUACCGAGCGUUGUUGCAGCAAUGCUUGGUAGCCAAGAGGCAUGGCGUGCGGUGGCCUUCUUCUGUGAGCAUGUCCUGCUGCAGAAGGAGGCUGCCGAGCGUCAGCGGGAGGUGCGUGGCGAUGGCCGAAGGGGUUGUGCUCGGCGGCGGCGAGGCGGGGGUGCGGGGGCAAGACGCGAGGAGCGUUUGCCCAACAGUAUCCCCCUGCGCCGUCGCUGAGCCCGUAUGCAGUCAUAUUCGCCUGAGUUCCCUGGGUUGAAUGCCUAGUGCGACCCCCGGGGGACUCAAUGCGGUGCCAGACGUCAUUCAUUCAGAAUGAAUGUGUCCGGCAUAGCAGGCGAUAUGGAGGGCUCAGGAGGAAAUUUUAGUGGGUCGGGUUUCUCCCCUCUGAUUAGCAGAGGGAUAAGAGUUAACCAUCCCC